AUGAGUGAAUCUGAAUUUACUAAUCAAGAUUUUGAGAAAUGCAUUAAUUCUGAAGAAAAUAACAAAAAUAGUUUUAUUGUUGCUUCCAAAGAAAAUAGCCAAAAUGACUUCACUGUUAUUUCCGAAGAAAAUAGCCAAGAUGGUUUCACUGUUACUUUUGAACAAAAUAGCCAAGAUGGUUUUACUGUUGAUGAUGUUGCUCUUGCAGAGGCUUUUGCAAAUGCUCAGUUCUUACUUGAUAAAACCAAAAGUAUUAAAGAUAACUUUAUGCAACUUGGAGUAUGUCUUUCUCACUUUGCUUUUGAUCAAAACCAACUUCAUAGUAGUGGUGCAAAACAAUCAUUCAUAGCAGUAGCUGUAAAGAGUAUUCAUGGAAAAUCAAUGAAAAUAAUGUUCAAUCUUCUCGUUAAAACUGCAAUAAAAAUAGCAAAAAUUGACUCUAAUAAAUUAAUAGAAAAAUACUCAAAGAUUACUUCAGAAAAGGCAACAAUUAUAGGUGAAAAUAUGCAAAAAGAGAUUUUAUCUCUGUGUUCAGAGAUCCAACUAAAAAGAAAUCAAUUAGAAAAUCCAGGUUCAUAUAAUGAGUAUUUCAACAUAUUGCCAAAUAUUAUUCGCAACUUCUUUCAAGCUCUAAUUAUAGCAAUACAACAAAAAAAAUUAUCAGUUACUAACAAGUAG